AUGGCAAUUGCUGACGUUCUCUUCUUACCUUGGCCCAGUUGGGCAAAGCUAGGCUUCGUGCUGGGCGGGUUGCUCGUUAUUGUCGGAUGCAUCGCCGGCGUGGUCAAAGUCAUGAAAUGGCGCAAGAUGCUGCGGCUUGAGAAAGCCACCUCGGCACAGGCAGAAAGAGGCGAAAUGACAACCAGCGUCGGCGUGCUUGUUGGGCGGCCCUUCGGAGUCAGGGCAUUGGAUGAGGAUUCGUCCAUCGAAGGCGUCUGGAACGCUCACACUUCAACACCUUUGCACGGACCGUCGAGGAACAGCAGUCCUCUACUUCAGCCGUUGCGGAAAAGCAAGAGACCCAAGAGGGAUAUCUCGACCUCCUCCAUACCAACGAUCGACCUUGGAGAGCCAUCUUCUGCCCAAGCCACAGUACCUAUGGCACCUCGACCGCCUCAUGAUGAGCCAGCAGAAUCCCCAGAAGCUCAUCCGGCUCGAAGAAAGAAGACAAAUUCCAUCACAAUAAAUUACAGCGGCCCCUCAUCUCGGGCAAGAUCAGCAGCAGUCGGCGCCGAGGCCGAGAAGCAGACUCUGCUGACCGAGACUUCGUAUACGACGGCUCCCUCGCAGUACUCCUCGUCUGCCGACGGCUCGACUACGAAGAUGAGAGUACGAGUCUCGCCAAAGAGGGACAGUGGUCUCCGAAAAUUCGUGAUCGGAGGCCGGAGCCACACAGUGGCUUCGAAAGCUGUACCACCAGUCGAUCACACAGACGUUAUCCGUCGCAUGGAAGCUCAUAGAAGACUGCAUUCGGCGGAGUCUGGACAAUUGACGCCCCGGCUUCGACCAAAGUCAGAGGACAACGCCACAGUCGUCACUGACUACUGUGCUUGCGAUGAGGACAGCUCGAGCUCCGGCUACCGCACCAAGCCAAAGACUGUCUCGCAGACAUCGAUUCAAUCACGAGCCGGCAUCAUCGAGGGUCGAGCACCGACGAAGCUUCCUCCUUCUGCGUGGACUAGGAGAACGCGGGAGCUACUGGAUGAGAGUAUGAUGAGACAAGUCAGCGUAGCCACGACUGUCGACACAGCGCCUUCGCUGUGCUCGGACACAACAUACUCCACGGCAGUCCCUAACAUUGAACUUGGCCCAAUCGAGAACAAGCACGCCCGCAAAGUCAACGACGGCUUCGAAAUCCUCCCUGCAGGCACUUUCAGCAAGGAGCCUGAGGUCAAUGUACUCAGUGUUUGGCCUGACGUCCUCAUCGGAACUGAUGAUAGUCACCGAAAGGGCAAAAGGCUGAAAAAGCACAAGCGAGCAACUUCGAACAAUUCACAAGCCUCUCGUAGCUCGAGCGAAAGCCAAAGAUCUGGCCGCUUUGCACUCAUGCAUGCUGUCUAUUAA